AUGGUCCAACAAAAUACCGUUAUCGCCAUCAUCAUCGUUCUCUACGUAGCGCUUGGCGUCUUGUUUGGCAUCUGCCUGUAUCGGCUACGAUGUAUAGUCGGACCCAGUAGCGAUGUCGAGAAGCGAAGCAGCAGCCGGUCCUCGAGUUCCAGCGGGGGGUUCAACACCACCCUAGGAGGAGUUGACGGCGAAGGACACAUCAGUCCUGGCAGGCGUUUCCAUUCAGAGUUCAACAAUCCUCCGCCGUUGGGCCAGGAACGCGGGUCAAUCAGAGGUGGCCGACGUAUAGGAAACCGAUGGAGAGUCAGCAACGCGGUUAAUUCUAGCGCUCGCGAUACUGGUUCUAAUCCAGCUAACAACCAGGAUGGAGGAUAUAACGUUGCAGACGGGCUGGGUGGUACUGCAAGGGGCUUCAAUGGAAUUAGCGGUGAGGGCAAUGUGCGGUCAUCAAGGGGAUUUGGCGGGAGAGACCGAGGAUCAGGUUCGAGCUCGCCCGGGGGGUUCAAUGCUGGUAAAAACUAA